AACUGGUUUUCAGUUCAGCUCUUUGUGCUUGUAUACAAUAUUUCAGGGUAUACAGUAUUUCAGUGUAUACAAUAUUGUAGUGCCCCGUUGCUCACCACAAAUUGUUGUAGGUGCUGUAGGUGUGUGGUGCUGCUGAAAGCAAACCCAAGGAUGGCUCAGUGCCCCAUGUGCUCCUCACGAUGUGCUAGAGUUGCAUUUAGGCAGCAUUGAUCUAACACAGAAAGACAGGAGCGAGCCCAGCCUUGGAGCUCUGUUCUCUUUUAUUUCCCUCUCUUGGAAUCUGUGUCAGGAAGAGUGGUAACCCCUGAACCAGUAAUUUCAUGGCAAUUUUUUGACUCUGUCAGCAUUGUUAUUCCAAAUAUUGGUGUAUCCCUCCGUGUGUGUGUGUGUGUGUGUACUGAAACAUCAGUUAAUCAACAACAACACACAGAAUGCUGUUGAUUUUCUUUUUCCUUGGUGAGGAAAUGAUGUCCUUGAUUGGUGGGUGUUUAAAUUUCCGCUGAUUAAUUCAGUUUUCCAAAAUUUUUGGCAAUCUAGAAGCCGUCAGCCAAGAGUCUGUCCAGCUGGUCAGGCCAGUGAGCGCAGUGUCGCUUUCUUGGGAGGAAGACAUUCACAGCAGGAAGGUAACCAGAAGACAUCUUACAGCUGACUGAUUAGUGAUUCCAGCAGUGGGGUGGAGAUUAAAAAUGUCCAAAAUUACUACAGAACUUCUUUUGGAAAGGGCAGUUCCAAGAUCUACGAGGCUUCGAAAGAUCGAGACUCUGAACCUGUCCAAGCUGCAGUUGAAGACUGGAGACUUAGACCCACGUUUGUUUUCCCGCCUGAGGCACCUGCAGAAACUUGAUCUCUCUGAUAAUUUACUGGACAAAUUCCCCAACAGCCUAACCCUGCCCGAUCUACGUGUCCUGAACUGCAACAAUAACAAGCUGGAAGAUGUAACUGCUCUGAAACAGUUCCCUCUGCUUGAGGAGCUGACCUACGAGAACAAUGUGUACUUGACACUCAAUGAUGACUAUAAAGUAAUGUUUCUUUUGCAAAAUCUUCGUCUGCUCAAUGGCAAGGACAUAACCAAACUGGCCAACCAUGUGAGGCGUGUCAACAGCCGUAAGCUUACCAGCAAGGUUACUGCUCACUGGGAAAAAUUCUUCCGUGACCAACUCCCUGAGAAAUACACAGCUGAGCAGGUGAAGUCCAUCAAGAAGAAGUUCCUGAAGUCAGUACAGACCAAUGUGGUGUAUGGACCCAGCUCACUCAGCGAGUUCACCCGCUGGCGGGUGAAAAUGAUUGCAGAAGAGUUUCUGGCAUACUCACUAGGUCUGGAGUUAAACUCCGAUACUGAAACAGAGGAAAAGAUGGAUGAGAAUGAGGAAGAAAGCACAGAAAGCCCCAGGGAAGCUGCAGAGGAUGUGGCUCAGGUCACAGUAACACCCAGCAAGAGGAAAAGAAAUCAUUCAAAAUCAAGCCCUGGAAACAAGAGGUCCAAGUCCCAGGCAAGCACCAAGGAGGAGGCUGCAGUUAAUCCCAGAAAAUCCAGUCAUGUGGAGGAUGACCCAGCUCCUGACAAACCGAGAACGUCGAACCAACCAGCCAAGGAGGCAACCCCUGAGCAGGGAGCUGAAGGGACACAGAAGAAUGGAGAGCAGUUUCCCAAGGGGCAAAGCAACAGAAGAUCCAGCCAGAUGACAGGGGAACAGAAAAGCCAGGAGCAGGACAACGGCGUGGUUACCUUGACCCCAGUGAAGAAUUCCAAGCGCAAGGAGGAUGUCAGUGCAGAGCCAUUGCAUUUUCUUCAGUGUCACAGUAAAGGCAACAGCCGCGAGGAUUUUAAAACGCAGCUCUGGUCCUGUGUCUUCGAGCCAGUGCUAGACUCUGGAGCCAGGAAAGAUCCCAUUGUGAGCUCCUCCAGAACUGUGGCAACCUGUGGAGGGGAAUCUGUCUGUCUGAUUGAUUGUGAGACAGGGACGGUGCUGAAAAAGUAUAAGGUGGCUACAGAGGAGUUCUUCAGCGUUGCAUGGACAACCCUGACGAUGGUAAUCAGCGACAACCGCAAGAAAGCUCACAACAUCUUGGCAGCUGCAGGGAGGAGAGGGAUUGUCAAACUGAUCCAUGUGGCAGCCGACUUCUGCUACGGAGAGAUAAAGGCUCACAAAAAGCCCAUUGCUACUGUCUGCUUCAGCCCAACCCAGGAGACCCACCUGUUCACUGCAUCCUAUGACAAGCGAAUUGCACUCUGGGAUAUUGGGAUUCCAGACUGUGACUACAAUUUCAAAGCAAGCCAGCUGCUGGUGCUGGAAACAGCCUCUAUCCCCCUCCGGAUUGCCCUGGUCCCCACCUGCCCAGAGCAGUACCUGCUGGCAGGCUGUGAAGAUGGCUGCUUUGCCUGGAAUAUAAAACUGGAUAAGGGACAAAAAAGCAGGCCUUUUGAAGCCAUAUUCCAGUUUCCUGAUGAUGAAAGCAUGACAACAUCUCACAGGGUUGAUGGUUUGGCUUUUCUCAAUGAUGAUGUCGUUGUUUCCAAGAGCUCCAAACCAGGAUGCAUAUACUUGUGGAGCUGGAGCAGGUCUUUUGAUGCCAAGGAAAAAGGAUGCCAGCGGACAAUGUCUGCAGUUAUUCUGGCUGAGCUGGAGUGGUCCACGACAGACAUGUCCUACCUGACACUCAGCACCUGCCCAGCAAAAGAGUACGUGUUCUGUGGGGAUGAGAAGGGCAGUGUGUGGAUGUACAACCUCUCCAGCUACACCACAGCCUGGGGUUCUGCCAAGGGAAAGCGCUCGGAGCGGAGGAUCUCUCCCACACAGAUCCUCAAGUGGCCGGAGCUGCGGGUGAACGGGGAGCAGCCUCCUGAAAUCCUGGUGAACAACGUGGUAGCAGACCCUGCCUUCACCUACCUUGUUGUGCUGACAAGUGUGAACAUAACAGCGAUCUGGAAGAAGUCAUAGUGCCCUGUGCCACAGUCUCACCCCCGUGCUUUGACCUAGUGCAGUAUUAGUGACUGUUACCCAUGUGCCCAUGAACGUUUUCUAGACCAGCUUUAUGUGCAAGACGAAAUGAACAAGGUAAGAGUUUGUUAAAAUUCAUCGAUUCAUUGUAAACAUCUGCUUUCUUUUACUGUAAGUUUUCACAAUUUGUGCAUUUGUUUUAUAGAAAUGACACUUAAUAAAACAAAAUACCAGUUCA